CGAGCCUUGGUGAAGCCGCCUUACUCCUACAUAGCUUUGAUCACCAUGUCCAUCCUGCAGAGCCCAGACAAGAAGCUGACUCUGAGCGGGAUCUGCAACUUCAUCAGCAGGAACUUUCCCUACUAUAAGGCAAAGUUCCCAGCCUGGCAGAACUCCAUCAGGCACAACCUGUCCCUCAAUGACUGUUUUAUCAAGGUCCCCCGGGCACCAGGCAACCCUGGAAAGGGCAACUACUGGACCCUGGACCCCGCUUCAGAAGACAUGUUUGACAACGGGAGCUUCCUGAGAAGGAGGAAAAGGUUUAAAAGGCAUCGCACGGAAUUCCUGAACGACGGGAUCAUAGUUUAUCCCACGGUGCACUACUACCAGCAUUAUGGACCCACAGUCCCUCAGACCUUCGUUCAGCAGAAUCCACUACCAUUCAUGGCUCCACCGAAGAGAUUGAUGGUUCCUUCCCAGCCAUAUGUGCCCCCUUGCCCGGAGAUGUUAAUGAGCAGGGCGCCCGUGUGUUCUCAGGUGGUCCCAACAAUCGGCCUCUUAGAGACCCCAACAAAACCCAAGUGCUCUUUCUCUAUAGACAGCAUUAUUGGCAAAUCAAAGGAGCCAGAAGUGAGUCCUCCACCUCCGCCGCAUUAUGCUCAUCUCUGGGACUACCGCAAUCUUAUGCCAGCCAAUACCAUGGUGCCAACCCUACUGAACACUUAUUCUUCUGGGCCCUUGGUAAACCCUUAUGUCAUGCCACACUACCAAACUUUCCCUAGUCCUCUUUACCCCAGGACAUACAUGGGAGCAUUUUAA